AGAUCUCUCUUUGAGAGCGUCUGUGAGAUCAUGCUAACCCUCCAUUUUCUUCUCCUCCUCAUCCUCCCUCCAUCGACUUCCAUCCAACCCUCGUCUGCAGCCGAAGAGCGUGCGACAAGAACUACUUAUAGGCUUUCGAAACCCUUAAUUGGCGAUGACGGGAGGAUUUAUACUUGUUCGGAGAAAAACCUGUUCGGGUUCGAAAGCAAUGGCACAAUCUCCUGGUCUGUACAUUUGAAUUUCACAUGCAACGCUCGAAUAGCUCCGGUUCUUGGCGAGAGAGGAAAGAUAUACCUGGUUGCGGAGGACAGAGUACUGAGAAUUGAUUUUUCAGCAGUUCGACAUUCCGGCGCUGCAGUGGAGGUUCUUUUCGGUCCAGAACCAGGCCAAGCGGCCACCAAAAUAAUCGGGAUCUCAGUGAGCACGUUGAGUUCAUGUGUGUACAUAAAUCUUCUACGACGAGGGCUGUUCGCGUACACGGUGCAUGGUGAACUGCUGUGGAGCGUUGGGCCUGUGCUUGAUCAGUUCGGCUACCGUCUAGGUUGCAGGAGAAAUCCUUCUGACUGUUCCUUCACUUCGGUCCCCGUUAUCGACUACUGCGAGGCUAACAUCUACAUAGCAAAUUCGGACGGGGAAAUAUACUCUUUGUCAGCUCGUACUCCUCAUUUUAAAUGGAUUCAGGAUUUAAGUUCGCUAGACAAAGUCUACACUAUCACUGCCGGGAACGACGGCCGGCUUUAUGUCACUGUACCAGCCAGGGCGCUUGUGCUGGCGCUCGAUGUUUCCACAGGAAAUGUCCUUUGGCAGAGAAACGUUGGGCCACUAAGCUCAUCCAAUUGCGGACUGGUUGUUGAUUUAAAUGGUUGGGUAUCUAUCGGCUCGCUGGAUGGUUGUGUAUACUCAAUUUCACCAACUGGGGAUCUCAUGAAGUUCCCGAGAGCAACCAAAUUAGACUUGGUCAUCCAAGUCAGUCCCGUCCUUGACUGCUCUGGUUAUGCGAUUUACAUCUCUCAGACACAGGUGGAGGGAAAGACCAACCACAUAAUUGGUGAAUAUACCAUCAUCUCGGCAAUGAGACCCAAAAGCGCGAUCUUUUCCUUGUUGGUUCCCGCAACAGGAUCCGUGUAUUGGUCGCAAAAAUAUUCAGACCAGUUCACAUCCUCACUUGCUGGAAGCGAUCUCGAUCAUUUUCUUUUGGACGAGGAAAUUCUUCUUGCUUUUGUAGCUGCUUCAAAAACUGGCAAUCCACUGGCCUGCCAAGGGCAGAAACUCGCGUCGAGCUGCUUCAGAGCGUGGUCGAAGCGUUACAGCAUCGAGAAAGGCGAUGAGAGGAGGAUACUCUUGUUCCUUUUCUUCGAAUCUGCCAUCUUGCUUGUCCUAGCCAGUCUCGUCAGGUUCUGCUGUGUGUUUUGGCGGAAGAAAAAGCUUCAGGGUGGAGAUCUUGGGAGUUUUUUGAAGAAGCGGCAUUCUCUCCAACUUAAGAGGAGAGCCUUGGAUAGGACAGUCUCAGAGCUCAAGCAGAGAGCAGACAAGGGAACACUGUCCAGUGAAGUGCUAGAAGAACUAGGCGAUCUAGAACGGAAAAAAAAUAGCAUUGAGAGGAAGCUGUCGACAACCUACAGUUUAGGCAGGGACCGCGUGGCGCCCUCAAGCCCGAAAACACUCCUCCCUUUGCACAAAGCGAAGGGAAGGAGUUACUCCUUUCAAGAUGCAAAGAAAGAGAGUCUCACAAUCCUCCAAACCCCCAGCGACACCACUUCAGCACCAUCAUCUUCUUCUUCCACAGGAAGCAGCGUCGGGGGAGAAGCCGAGGCAGGGAGUUGUAGGGAUGGUCGGGCUUUGGAUGCCAAGGGAAAGGGGCCAAUUGAAGCAGAGAGCUCGAGCUCGAGCGGCAAUGGGGGCUCUCGGGAGAGUUACAGGAGAAGCCCAUCUGUGCCGGAAACAAGCUCGAAAGAGUUCAUGGAUGUCUUCAAUGAAAAGGUUGAGGUGAAAGGAGAGUUGGGUGGUGAUGGAAAUGUGGGUGAGUCCAGGAAUGGCAAAUUACUGAAGAGGAGGAGGACUUUGUCUUCAAAUAACUAAAACGCAGAGGGCAAGAACCAUCAUGGUAUUGAAAGAGAGGAUAGACCCCUCAACAUGCCGUUCAUAGUUUAUAAUGUGUCUUUAGGAACUUCUCUAGAUUUCCAUGAACAACCACAGAUUGUUUAAAUAGUUUGUAAUUUGGUUGAGUUUGAAAUUCCGUCACGAUUUCAGACAAAAAUUGGCAUUCGUGUCCAAAUACUGGUGAAGCCUACUCUAGGCUUAAGAGUGGAUAUUCUGAUAAUUACCCUCAAA